AUGGGCUUUUUCAAACAUUUAUUUCUACCGACUUUGGUUGCAAUUGGUGGAUUUCAUUUGUAUUCAACACUAAAUCCAACAAAUGUGAGUUUUCAUGAAAAUUGAAGUUUUUUGAAAAAUCGAUUGAGAAAAUUUCCGUGAGAAAAUAUCGGAACUUUUCUUUAUUUUAGAAAAACUGAAAAUUUGACGAUUUGAUUUUUGGACAAUUUUUUGGCGCUUGAAGAUUACUGUAGAUUCUGACACAAAUACUAGAUAUUUGCAAUUUUUUUCGGAAAUAAUGUUUCUCUAAAGUUCAACUGAACCUAUUUUUUAUGUAAAAUAGUUUCAAACAGAUUGGUUUCAAGAGAUCAAAUGUUGAAUACAUUUUUCUAAUAAUUCUAAAACUAAAUUUUUGAGAACUUUUCGGGAAAAAAACAAUUUUUUUCAAAUAAAUAAUCAAUUUUUCUUAGAUUGAUGUUCCACAAACUGGAUAUUUUGGAAGUGGUCCGGUUAAAAAAGACAACACAAUCAUCAAGCCAUUCAAAGUCAACAUUGAUCAACAAAUUAUUGAUGAUCUCAAACUUCGCCUCAAAAAUUCUCGAAUUUCACACAAUUCUCUUGAAGAUUCAGAUGACUUUUAUUAUGGUUUCAACUCAAAACAUUUGCUCGUAAGUUCUAUUUUUCUUUGAACUCUUUUUUUUUACAAAAAAAGUUUUUUAGAAACUUCGAGAUUAUUGGCAAACAAAAUAUGAUUGGAGAAAAUAUGAAGCAAUUCUUAACGAGUUUCCACAAUUUAUUACUGAAAUCGAAGGACUCAAUAUUCAUUUCUUGAGAGUUAAACCACCACAAGGAAAAUAUAAAACUGUGAAACCACUUUUGAUUGCUCAUGGAUGGCCAGGAAAUGUUUUCGAAUUCUAUAAAUUCAUUCCAAUGUUGACAGAUCCAAAGAAAUUUGGAAUUUCUUCUGAUUUUGCAUUCGAAGUUGUCGCUCCUUCAAUUCCAGGAUAUGGAUGGUCAGAUCAACCAAAGAAGACUGGAUUUUCUCAAUUGGCAUGCGCUAGAGUUUUCCGUAAACUUAUGCUUCGUUUAGGUUUCGGAAAAUUCUAUCUUCAAGGAGGUGAUUGGGGAUCUGUUAUCACUUCAUUAUUAGCUAGAGCUUGGCCAGAUAAGUGAGUGAUUCUAUUAGAAUAAAAUUUAAUUUUCAUUAAUUUUUGCAGUGUGAUUGCUCUUCAUUUGAAUAUGUUAGCAAUUCAACCAGGAACAAGCUUUUUGGCAACUGUAUACGAAUUUGCUUCGACGGUAUUCCCACAGGUACUGUAGUUUUGGAGCCUGAAUAUUGAAUUUGUUUUAUUUUUAGAUUCUAUCAUCACCAAAUCUUUCGAAAGACUAUAGUUUUAUUUUAAAAGCCAAAACUUUGCUCCUCGAAACUGGAUAUAUGCAUAUUCAAGCAACCAAACCAGACACUGUUGGUUAGUAAAUUGAAAAAAAAAACCUAAUCUACUGAAAUUUUAUUCAUUUUUCUAGGCACAAGUUUGAAUGAUUCUCCAAUUGGCCUCGCUGCUUAUAUAAUCGAAAAGUUCUCAACUUGGACAUCUUAUGAAUAUCGUGCACUUCAAGAUGGUGGAUUGAACAAAAAAUUCACAAAUGAUGAAUUAUUGACGAUUGUAAUGAUUUAUUGGGUUAAUGGAAAUAUUGUCUCGUCGCAAAGAUUCUAUCGUGAAUUUUUCUUGGAUAAAACUGCCGAAGCACUUUUGAAGUAGGUUUUUAAUAGGGUUAUGGUAGUUGAAUAUUUUCGAAAUUUGAAAUUAUUCUAACAAGCUCUACAGUAAUGAAAUAUAGUGCUCUUACUGUAGAUUUUCAAUGUUGAAAAAUUGAUAUUUUUGGAAAACUAUUGGUUAAUUCCAAACGAAACUCUAGAAAUUAUUUUUUUUUUAUCGUGAAGUUGAAUAUUUUGAAAUUCCUACUCUAUCACUGAAAUUAUUUCAAUUCCAGACAAUACGUUCCAAUUCCAACUGCACAUGCCAGCGGACUUAAAGAAAUCUACGAUCGUACACCAGUUGAAAUAUCAAGACAACUCUAUAAUAUCACACAUUACAAGGAAAUUGAUAUGGGACAUUUUGCGGCUUUCGAAGCACCGAAACCACUUGCAGAAUCGGUGUUUGAAUUUGUUAAUGAUUUGUAA